UAAAAUAGAAUAAUCGAACGGUGAUUAUUGAAAGAUUCACAUUGGUUACUAUAGACCUGUCCUCUUCUUAACAUUUGUCCAUAAAAUUUAUUUUCCGUACCUCUCAAAACCCUAAUUCCCAAAAUCCGUUAAAAUAAAAUGAAAUUCCCAUCGCUCUCAUCAUUCUCUUCUCCAUCUCCAAUGGAUCAUAUAGCAGAUUGAGAUUGGCAAUGCAAAAUGUUCUUCUAAGAUUUGGAAGUGUUAAACUAUGUUUACAGUUCACGCAGUUUCUUAUGGUCUGAUUGAGUGUGUUCUGAUGUAUGGUUUCUAUGCACGUCAAACUUGCUUAGGCACAAUGCUUAAGGCUGAUGGUUUUUAAUUCUCUGAGAGCUGGUAGAUACAUCCAUCGAUUUUGGGGUACAAGCACUCUAUCCCUUGAUAGUUUUUGUGCAUUUGGCUAUCCAGUAAUUUGCAGCCGUAUGAAGGAAAUCAAAGUAAAAGAUGCUUCUACUUGGUGUACUCUUGUACCUGAUGGAGAACCCCAUAUCCAGUCUGUAUGUGAGGACCAUAAGUGUUCAUCUGUAAGUGUGAAAUCUACCCCUGAAAUAGAAAAGAAAUACGUCCAUCGUGUUUAUGAUGCUAUUGCCCCCCAUUUUAGUUCCACCCGUUUUGCUAAGUGGCCAAAGGUUGCUGCUUUCUUGGAAUCUUUGCCUACUGGCUCUCUUGUCUUGGAUGCAGGAUGUGGAAAUGGGAAAUAUCUAGGGUUAAAUUCCAGCUGCUAUUUUAUUGGAUGUGAUAUAAGUCCUCCCCUUAUCAAAAUAUGUGUUGAUAAAGGGCAUGAAGCUUUGGUUGCAGAUGCAGUUAAUCUUCCUUACAGAACUAAUUUUGGUGAUGCAGCAAUCUCUAUUGCUGUGUUACAUCACUUAAGUACGGAGAAUAGGAGAAAGAAAGCAAUUGAAGAAUUAGUGCGAGUAGUCAGAAAGGGUGGUUUAGUUCUAAUAACCGUCUGGGCUGUAGAACAAGAGGAUAAGUCAUUACUUACAAAAUGGACUCCACUUACCGAAAAGCAUGUAGAAGAGUGGAGAGGACCACGUAGUCCUUGUGUUCGUUGCCCUUCAUCCUUCUCUUUAGAAAGCAUUCCUGAAACUGAGGAAAAUGGUUUGAGUGGGCAUAUGAAAGAUUCUAGGGAGAGUUUAAUGGAGGAUAUGCAACAAUCAGCAUGUUUAAACCCCCAAAAUAAAGAUGAUUCAUUGGUUUCUAAAGAUGGGAGGAGUCAACAGGAAUAUUUUGUCCCUUGGCACUUACCUUAUCAUCGUGCUGAAGUUAGUGGUGCUUCUGCUGUUGCUCUUGCAACUGGUUUGGCAAAGAAAGAUGAUAAGAAGGGUGCUGUAGUCUACAACAGAUAUUACCAUGUGUUUGGUGAAGGUGAGCUUGAGAGGUUGGUAUCUGGAAUGGAUAAUGCUGUGAUCGUUGAUAAGUUUUAUGACAAAUCAAACUGUGGCAGCCUUUGCACACUCUUCAUGGUUGAAUUUGGUUUUAGCAAUAUGAAGAAUGAGAUUAAAAAGUUGCUGGUUAAGGAUACUUCACCAUCUCUUAAAUAGUAACAGAGGUGCUCAUCAAUGUGGCAAAAGAUGAAAUUGAGAGGUGCAGCCAAAGAGAUAAUUGCUCAACCUUUUUCCCCAUAUACAAUGUGUUGGUAUUGCUAGGGCAUGUAUUUCUCUCCUAAAUGAGGAACAUCAGCGAAAAAUUCUGUUUACAGGUGUCAGAUUGUGAGUUAAUAGUUCGUCUCGGAUCAAAAUUGUCCCCUGCUCUUCAGUUGUUCAUCUAUUCUCCAUGCAAACUGAGAAUGCAUUAAAAAGACAAGAAACCAGCAACUGAUAUUGCUUGUCAGUUGUCACAUGUAAUUGUUUCCUAACACCAAAAGUAGAGGAAUUUUUUAGCUAAUUCCUAUCUAGUUGCCAAGAAAUGAUUAAUAAGAGGUGCAUGUUGGCAAGGAAUAUCAAUUUCAUUUAAUUUUGUUUAAAAACCAUAAUGUGUUUGAUAAAAAUUUUCCAUGCAUAGGUGACUCUGGCUCUGGCUCUGGCUCUGGCUAGUAGUUCAGUAUUUGUUCCCAUAUAUAGAAAAAUUCAACUGUCUUAGUAAAUAACAUUAAUAAUGAUGGUGUAGAACAAGGAUAACAAAUAAUCCAGAGCUAAUAACAUAUGACUCAAUUUCAAUGGGAGAAGAGAGACAUUAAUUUUAUUUUUGGCUAGGAGUUAAAUUUGCUGUUCAAUUGUAACACUUCAAUACUUAAGAGCAAGACCUCUAUUUAGGAAUUUUGAUGGAUGGAAAUUGACAUGUAAACAGAAUUUACGUCUCUUUUUUACAAAGAAGAUCGUAAUUUAAUGAAAGGAUAGGAAAAGAAAUUAUAAGUGAUGGCAUUAACUUCGA